AUGGUGAAUCCUAGCCCGGCGAGGCCAGAAGGAUUCAAAUGGGCAUCUCUCCCCGCCGAGAUUCGAACAAUCAUCCUCCAGACAAUCGCACGGCAGAAACACCCAGGCUGGGCUGCUCUCGCGUCCGUGUGCACUGAAUGGCAGGGCGUCCUUGAACACGCCAACUUUCAGAAGCUGAAGCUGCGCGUGUCCUGUCUCGACGACUUUGACCGCGUCGCUUCGCCGCAGAGGAGACGCAUCAUUCGCCACAUCUGCCUCGACAUCAAACUACCACGCGAUGGAGUGUGGAAGCUCUUUGCCAUCCUCAGUGCUUGGGAGCCAGCGGGCGACCUGGCGCUGGAGCUCAACGUCAACGUACCACUGGAUUCGUGGAGGGCCGAAGCUCGGUGCCAUGAUUUGACACAUGGCUGGCUGCACGGUCGACAGGUUGCAGGCCCUCCAAGGCCUGCCAUCAUGAAGCUCUUCCAGCCCAUCUUUCUGUGGUUCCAAGAACCGCUGCCCCGAGUCCAAGCAGUCACCUGCUUCCUAAUGCUCAGAACUGCUCUCCCUGGCACUCUGAAAAGGUUGACGGUAUUCGAGGAUUCUUAUGGUUUCUACAAUCGCUUCCCAAGGCGAUCGUCCCAUGGGUCCUGGUCCAGCCCGUACCCCGAAGACCUGCGGCUCAGCGCGAGAUUUGCAUUUCGAAGCCGCGACUUGCAACACCUUUCCAUUUCCUUCACGGUCAACGCCGAAGAGUUCCUUAGACAAUGUCGGCCGUCAUGGAACUGGCCUCAUAUGCAGUCCCUGGCACUCACAUCGGAUCUCCUGAGACAGGACGAGACCCUGCGGCAGCACAUCUACGCCCUGCUACGCGAAGCCGGGAUCCUCGCGCAGAAGAUGCCCGAGUUGCACACGUUUGUGCUCUGGAAUGGCGCAAGGGGGCAUGCUUUGUCCAUCACUUGGCGCGCAACUUGGCGCCUGUCCUUGACUGAGGAUCCUCUUGUGAUCAAGGAAUGGGAACUCGCUGCCGCAAGGCUGCCUUUCCCUGAGCUUCACAUCAGGCAGCAGCGUAUCUAUAGAGAUAUUUCUUCUCAUGGAGAUGCAGUACACCGGCUGGAGCUGCCCUGCCAGGUUGUUGAGCCGGCGUCACUAUGGCAGAUCCGGAGGGAGGGGUAUAGACCGGCCCGGUGA